AUGCGGCUAUUAUCGCUUCUAUUCAGCGUUUUCCUCGCUUUCCUCGCGGCACCUUCGGUGUCUGCGAUCAAGGUCAUCAAAUCCAAUGCCUUGAAUUUGUGUCAAGACAGCAACAAUUUCACGGCAACCUAUUUCGCCGUCACGUUCACCCCCAACAACCGUUCUCUGGCAUUCAGCUUCGAUGGAGUGGCCUCGAUUUCGGGAAAAAUGACUGCGGAGCUAAUCCUUAACGCAUACGGAAUCGAGGCUCUCCGAAAGGAAAUUGAUCCGUGUGAGCAGAACCUGCAAGGCCUUUGCCCUAUGAACACAGGUCCUAUCGACGUUAAGAAAGCUACCAUUGACGUUCCGGAAGAAGUCGUCAACAGCAUUCCCGGUAUCGCAUAUACUGUCCCCGACCUUGACGCCUCUGUUCGCAUCUAUAUCAACUCGACGGAAACAGGAAAACCUAUCACAUGUCUCGAGGCUAGUUUAUCCAACAGUAAAACGGUCUACCAGCAAGGAGUUGGUUGGUCUACAGCAAUUAUAUCCGGCUUAGGUCUGGCAGCUUCGGCCAUUACGUCCGGACUCGGUCACUCGAAUACAGCCGCACAUGUUGCAGCGAACGCCCUGUCUUUAUUCAGUUUUAUGCAGUCGCAGGCCAUCAUUGGUAUGACUUCUGUUCACAUGCCGCCGAUUGUAGAGUCGUGGACGCAGAAUUUCCAAUGGAGUAUGGGUAUCAUUCGCAUUGGUUUCCUUGAAACCAUCUGUACAUGGUACCAGCGAGCGACCGGAGGAACCCCGUCCACAAUUCUCUCGCAGCUUUCAACAACUUCGGUUGAGGUGCUGAAAAAGCGAUCUUUCGAUACUUCGGUCGGUCUAGCCAGAAGCGCCUCCGGGCAUCUGUUUAAGCGCGAGGGAGAACAGAGUGGCGCGAAAAGCAGUAGUAUUACCGUCAAGGGUAUUGAGCGUGUCGGAUUCAAGGCCAAAAUCGAACAGACCAACAUUUUCUUGACGGGGCUAAUCUUUUUCGUCUUCUUUGUCACCGUUGUGAUGAUUUUUGUUGCUCUUUUUAAAGCAGGCUGUGAGGUCUUGGCGAAGCACGGCAAAAUGAAGAGCGAUAAGUUCCAGGACUUCCGAAACGGAUGGAAGACUGUUGCUCGAGGAAUCCUCUUUCGACUUACCCUGAUCGGCUUCCCGCAGAUGUGUAUUCUUUGUCUGUGGGAGUUCACCAGACAGGACUCGGCCGCCGAGAUUGUUCUUGCCGUGAUUAUGCUGAUAUCGAUCAUUGCGGCCCUGGGUUGGGCAGCUUUGAAGGUCAUUCGCCUUGCGAAACGCUCGGUUACCAUGCACAAGAACCCGGCCUAUAUCCUCUACUCUGAUCCCACCUGUUUGAACAAGUGGGGUUUCUUGUACGUGCAGUAUCGCGCCACAGCAUAUUACUUUGUCGUGCCCACGCUCGCAUACAUCCUGAUCAAGGGCAUGUUCAUCGGCCUCAGUCAAUCGGCUCCCAUCGUCCAAACAAUUGCUCUGGUCAUCAUCGAGGCUGCCAUGUUGAUCGCGGUCAGUGUUAUGCGACCGUGGAUGGACAAGAAGACGAACAUCUAUAACAUCUCGAUUGCCGCCAUCAAUUUCCUCAACGUCAUCUUCCUGUUGUUCUUUUCCGAAGUCUUCAACCAGCCUGGAAUUGUGACUGGCGUUAUGGGUGUCGUAUUCUUUGUUAUCAACGCGGUCUUUGCUCUCAUUCUCCUGAUCAUGGUUCUCGUCGCCUCCGUGUACGCCAUCGUGUCGAAGAACCCCGAUACACGCUACCAGCCCAUGCGUGAUGACCGUGGAUCUUUCAUCAAGUCGCAGACCCAGCUGACCACCGAAUUGGACGCUCUGGGUGCUACCGCCCGAGGUGACAUGAAGACAAAUGCGUAUAAGUCGAGCGCUUUUGAGGAUGAUACUAGUUCAUUCUCAAAUGGUAACGGGGCGAGCGUGAGCCAUCAGAACCUCGAGGCGCACGAUGCGUCACCGAUGUCUGCGCGCCCUCCGGUGUCUCCUGUCGAUCCUUCGCUGCCUCUGUUCCCCAGUGCGAACGAUGCUCCGGCCCGACGACCCACCUUUGAUGCACGAUCGCCAUCCCCAGUUCCGCGAGGAGUCAACGCCUCGCCAUUCAACAAUCCAGCUGCAUACAGGGCGCAGAACUCGUCUAGCCCGUGGCAAAGGGGUGCUGGAUACGAACACUAG